AAUUUCAAGAAAACAAACCUCGUCCUCAACACUAAAACUUCCAACUCUUUUUUUCUCUCUCUACAAAAUCAACACCAUGUCCACAAUAGUCUGCCAGCAGAAUUUCGUCACCGAGACCACUACCACCCUAAAACUCAGAGUCGCGCAGGCCGGCGCCGGCGAUGACCCUCUCGGAAGCUGGGGAUUUCUCCAAAACAACUCUCACCAAUCAUCAGCCCUCAAUAAAGAUUUCUACUACACUCACCCUUUAUCCUACAAUUCCAAACUCAGCCCCAAAUCCCUUCAAUUAUGCACCGAGAAUUUGGGGAGCGAAUCCGGCUACGACACCUUCUCCGACUGCACCACCAUUUUCUCCGCCUCCGACGAUCACCCAACCUUCUCACUCCGCCACUGCAAACACCAGAAAGCUUCGCCCAAAUACUACCGGAAAAUUAAUGAUUUUCCGCCGCCACUCACCACAAUGAGCGGCGCCAGCUCGCUGCAGGUGCGCCGCCACAGCGAAGGCGGCCGCCUCAUCAUCGACGCGGUCGAGGGGCCUUUCAGAAACUCCUACCUCCACGCCGAGAGGAGUGACGGCCGCCUCAAGCUCUCCUUCACCACCGCCACCGCUGAAGAGGAAGAAAUUGAGGAGUCUGAAAAUGAAUCUGAAUCGGAAUCAGAAUCGGAUAUGAAUUUGUUGGAGAAAUUUCAGAGGUUUAGUAGGUGCAAAGAUGGCGGCAGCCAUGAAACCAAAGCGUUGUGCAGUAAUUGGAAACCUUCAACACUUUGCGUCGCAACUUCCUAAUAUUUUUUUCUAAUAGUUUUUGGAUCUACAAAUUUUAGUUUUGUUGGAUCCUUUUUUACCCUAACUAAUUUUUUCGUUUUGCCUUUACUUUGGAUGGAUUGGAAUUAUGGGGUGUGGUUUGCACAUCA